GCGAACAUGAACUUGAUUUAAACUUGGAUAUGCACGAUUCGAACUUGGGUAAUCAUGAUUUUGAUACUAGUGAUGAAUUUACAAAUAACAAACUAACCGAACUAAAAAUAACACUGAAAAAG